AUGUAUCCAAGGUUGUGCUGCAAUGUUCUCAAAAUCCAUGCUGGCAAAAUCGGGAUGAGUGCUAAAGUUCUAGCUCAAACUGCCCUUGAUAUAGCCCUUGAAUUCACCAAACAAACUCAUAUUACAGCGAAAGGCUAUUCAGAAAUCAAAGCCUUGAAUCCCGUUGUGACAUCAGCAAUGCGUGACUGUGUGGAAGAGCUCAAUGUCGCUGUGCAGAUGCUCCAAAAGUCUAAAGUUGAGUUGGGUAUGGUAAUUGAAGGCUCUACUUCCGGGUUACACGUUAGUAAUGUUCAAACAUGGGUUAGCGCUGCAUUAACCAAUUUAAACACCUGCAAGGAUGGAUUCGUCGACCAUAAUCUAAAUGGAACAGUAGAGAAAAUUACCGCCAGAAAAAUUGUAAAAGCAGCACAUUUGACGAGCAAUGCCUUGGCACUCAUCAACUUGUGUGUCUCCACUAAAGUUACCUUGCCCUAA